GGUUAAAAUGAGUUACCACGGGGCUCAAACAUUUUGUAGUGCAAAUUUUCCGUUUGAUAUGCCUCAUGACUGUUACUAAAAAGAAACUUCCGUUCUCCUCAAACCAUUUGCGGCUAUUUCGCUCUUCUAUUCUCUCCUUAUGAGUCGUUUGAUGCAGGAGAGGGCACGAAAUGCAGAUGAAUCAGCAAUGUCCACCCAAACCUUCGAGCACUAACCCAACCCCAAACCUCAUAUUUUCGCAACGGGUAGAGGCCAAUGCCCUGUCGUCGGUGCCUCCUGCGCCGACGCCGGCCGGUGAAGCUCCGUUCACAUUCCAGAGCCAAGCGACGGUGCCGAUGCGGUGGCCACUCCACCGUCGUGCUAGAUCGGAGCUCGCGUUCCGGAUUCCGGAGGACUUUGACCUAUGCUCGGGGGACCCAAUGGUGAAUGGGAACGUCGAAGAGAUCGUGUCGGAGGACGAUCUCUUCUCCACUUUCAUGGACAUCGAGAAGAUCGGGUGCAAGAUGGAGGGGAGUGGAUCGGGGUCGGAGGGCGGGCUGUGCCGAGAUUGGGAAGCGGAGAUCUCAGGCGCGGGCGAUGAGCGGAAGAUCAACAAUGCUAGAGAUGGUGUGGCGGCGACGACCACAAAGCCGAAGCAUCGGCACAACAACUCGAUGGAUGGGUCGUCCAUGUCUUCUUCGGCGGUUGCGAGGGGGGAAGGGAUGUUCGGAGAAGUACUGGAGGCCAAGAAAGCAAUGACGGCAGAACAGUUAGCGGAGCUUGCGGCCAUUGACCCGAAGAGGGCGAAGAGGGUUCUAGCUAACCGGCAAUCUGCAGCUCGGUCAAAAGAAAGGAAGGCACGCUAUAUAUCUGAACUUGAGAGGAAAGUUCAGACGCUACAAACUGAGGCUACAACACUAUCUGCACAGCUUACGCUUUUCCAGAGAGACACUACAGGGCUGACUGCAGAGAAUGUAGAGCUCAAGUUAAGGUUGCAAGCUAUGGAACAAGAAGCCCAUAUAGGUGAUGCACUGAAUGGAGCUCUAAAGCACGAGGUUGCAAGGCUCAAGAUUAUAACAGGAGAAGUAUCAAGCUCUGGUGAAGCCAACAAUCUGGAGCGACUUCCCAUACCAUUCAACCCCUCAUUCUUUGCAACUCCCCAACAACAGACGAACUUACCCUACCAAAACCUCCAAUUGCAUCCCGCUUUCCAUCAGCUCAGUGCUACAAACCAUCACUUACUUUCCCGCCCCCCUCCUCUGCACGCAGAUAUGAUGCAGCAGGAUCACCUCAGGAGACUUCAGGGAUUAGAUAUCGGCAAGGGGUCUCUUUUAGUGAAGUCCGAAAGCUCUACCGUCUCUGCAAGUGAGAGCAGUAGCAACUUAUAAACUGGGCUUCCUAAAACCAUCUGCAGUAGACCUCACUGUCCAUAAACCCUACAACCUCAAUCUUCCUCCACCAUUUGUGUUUCUAUUUGAUUGGCUUGAAUUGUAUAAGCCGUUCCAUAUUUAUUUCAAAUACUUGGUUACUCAAUGUUCUCCCACUUUACCGAGCUUCUAAGUUCACUUGUUCCUGUGGUUCGUGUUGUUUUCUUGUUCUUUUGAUCUAAUUCUUUUUAUUUGUUGAUUUGUAUUUCAGUUUAUUAAAGAUGGCAGCUUCUUGAUAUUGUU